AUGGAUUCCAUGGACUCCGACGAUGACGAAUAUUACAAGUCCUACAGCGAGGACGACGAUGACGAUGACGAUACAGUCGAACCCAACCUCAAACCCUACAACAUCCUCAAAGAGGAUCAAAUCAAACACCUCCAAGACACCGCCAUCUCCGAGGUCACCAGCGUCCUCUCCGUCUCCAGGCCCGCCGCCUCCUCUCUCCUCUCCCUCAACAAUUGGAGCCUCAACGCCGCCUACGACUCGUGGAUUUCCACCGCCCACCACCAAAUCCCCAAUCCCCAAACACCCCCACCCCACGCUUGCAAGAUCUGUACCGAGGAGUACAAUCGCACAAUGCUCUCCUCCACCUGCGGCCACCCCUUCUGCUCCGACUGCUGGUCCACCUACAUCCGCCUCGCAAUCGGUGACGGGCCGGGCUGCCUUAGGCUUUCCUGCCCCGAGCCCGGUUGCAAUUCCCUCGUGAACCCUGACAUCGUACACUCACUGUCUUCCCCUGCCGACAGUACCCGUUACCACCAAUACCUCUACCGCUCGUUCGUCGAGUCAAAUCCUCAGAGAAUGAAGUGGUGCCCGGGACCCAACUGUGAUAACGUGGUGGAAUUUAUCAGCCCUGAUAACAGGGCAAGCUAUGAGGCCGUUUGCGACUGUGGCUAUAAGCUCUGUUUCAAAUGUGGGGACGAGAGCCACAGCCCUAUCGACUGCCAGGCUGUCGCCAGAUGGGCGGAAAAAAAUAAUUCCGAGGCCGAGAACACGAAUUGGAUACUUGCCUAUACCAAGCCCUGCCCCAUGUGCCGGAAGGCAAUCGAGAAAAACCAGGGCUGCAACCACAUGACUUGCCGCGCGCCUUGCGAGUUUCAGUUCUGCUGGCUCUGCCUCGGGCCCUGGAGGGACCACUGCUCGGCCUCGUGCAACAUGUAUGUUAAGACGAGCAAGGAAAAUCCGGAGGAGCAGAUGAGAAAACGAGCAAAGAAUCACUUGGAGAUGUACUCGCACUAUUUCGAGAGGUUCGACUCGAACGACAAGUCGAGGAAGCGGGCGCUUUCGGAUCUUAAAACGGCGAGCAAAGAGCAUUUGGAGCGGCUGAUGAUCAUGCAAGGGGAGACUAAGGCUCAACUCAAGUUCGUGGUGGAUGCGUGGGAGCAAGUGGUUGAGUGCCGGCGAGUGCUCAAGUGGAGUUAUGCUUAUGGAUAUUAUCUGGCGGAAAGUGGGUCCCGUAAGCUGGGGCUGUUUGGGUAUAUUCAGGGGGAGGCUGAGUCGGCGCUCGAGAGGCUGCAUGGGUGUGUGGAGAAGGAGUUGGGGGAGUAUCUGUCGGCUGGGUGUCGAGUGGAGGGUUUUCAGGGGUUUCGGACGAGGCUGGGGGAUCUGACGGUGGUGACUAGGAAGUAUUUCGAGAAUUUGGUUAGGGCGUUGGAGAAUGAUCUCGCUGAAGUUGUGCAUGUGUGA